UUUUAUUUUUGCAGAACAACCAAGCGGCCCCUUGCUCAUCACCGACCGACCUGAACCGGAGCGGCAGCCCUCAGUCUCUCCCCGUCGCUCUUUCAGCUCCAAGCUCGCAGGAAAUCUGAAAUUGAAGAUGUCCGCGAGCAGUAGAGGGAGAUGAGAUCGCCCUCCUCCUUGCACCUUGUUGCUUCUCCUGUUACCUCUGCUUGGAUGAGAAAGUAUGAAUCGCGCUCUUAAGCCAGCUUACGCUGCUUCUCUGCCAUUUUUCAAAGCUGUUUCCUUCUUCCAUUCUUCUCCAGUGCUGGAAAGAAAAAGGAGAUCCCCUUGGAAUUAUAGAUGCAAUAUUUCUGAAAAAAGAAAACGAAGGAUGGAGUCAAGAAGGACUUUGCUGCGGGAUAUCUCAGAAUAUGCCGAAUACCUUUUUCAGAGUUGGAAAGAUGACAACAACACUUUAUGGUUCCGUAAGCCAUAUUGGUCAAAGGGAUCGAAGUUAAACGGUUUUAACCCACAUGAGUCACCAUCUGGAAGGUCUAAGAACAAAGGAAAAGAUGGAUUUAUUUUCUGCGCAAGUGAUGAUGAUGAUGUUGAGAACAUAUUCCACUCUGCUUUUGGUAGGGAAGGAUUCUAUUAUUCGGCCUCCAGUAGAGAUGGAAGUUUUCAGUGGCGUUGCUCCUCAGGCAAUUAUCAAAAAUGCUCCUCAGAUUGGAGAUAUGAAACAGAUGAGGAAACGGAUGAAGAUAGUGGUGCUGAUACUUGCCCACAACCUAAUUUAACUUCUGAAAGACUAACUCUUGGUUUGAGUGCUUCAGGUCCACUUAAGCUUAAUGAAAUAAAGAGCGCAUAUAGAGCUUGUGCUUUACAGUGGCAUCCAGAUCGUCAUCAGGGCGCAUCAAAGGUAAUAGCGGAGGAAAAAUUCAAAAUUUGCAGUACAGCAUACAAGUCAUUGUGUGACAGAUUAGCUACAAGCUGAGUUUCCUGCGCUCUUCAAUUCCUCCAAUAUGAUGGCCUGCAGCCAUGCUGCAGUUGCUUGGUUCAGACAAAUAGUGUUUUCUAGCUUUUUUAAUUGAAUAUUAUCAGCAUAAAUCCAAAUAAUUAAGACCUCAAAUUUGUGAGACAUUCUUUUCCUUAGGUUAUAUUAGAAGACAUGCAGAAUGAAUAUCUUAUUCAUUGUAACCAUAAAAUAAUAACUUUUGCAUCUCAUUUACUGUACUA